CUCACAAGCAUCGUGAGCUCAAUAGUGUCGGAAUACCACGAGAUUGUUGGGUGCUGUGUGGAGUUGGUGAGUCUCAGUGAAUCUCAGAUUAUUCAGUCCACUUUCAUGCGUCAGCGAGAAAACGUCUCUAAAGCCAUCCGCCUAGGAUCUAGAACUUCGGUCGACCGACAGUGUGUAUGGCUUUUAUGAGAAUUCUGUGAGUGUUUUAUUUUUUAGAAUAAACAGAUUGAAAAUUGUGUUGUGCAUUAAUACUUCCUCUUGCUGGAUAAUAUUUAAUCCCCUUCCCCCGAGAAGAGUCUGUGUGAAUAAAUGAGAUAUAAAAGGGUCCAAGAAAAAUUAAUUGAUUCUCUUAAUCUCGCGCCAGAGUGAAGCAAAAAAAAAAUAAAGGCCAGAGCAGUGUUUGGUGUGAAAAAGUGCGAUAACACUUUAAAGUUCAAUAGUAUCAUCAUCAAAUUGUAUGGGAAUACUGUGAUGUGUCACACUUAUUAUGCAUCAUUUUGUGCAAAUAUAGCUGAAUACAUAGAGACAAGGUAGAGGAGCGUCAGAGAGAAUAUUGUUCUAUAGUGUGGAAAGAAAGAUCAAGAAACCACCAACAAUUUUAGGAAUAUUUAAUUACCUACCGCACAACAUAAAGUUUUUUUUUCUUUACUGCCACAAAGGAGGACCUCUGAGAUAGAGAAUACGGACGUUGAGGAAGAAGAUGGGAAGAACUGGCUACACUUGCAUUCGCCGGACUUUCUGUUGGUUGAAUUUAAUUGUUUGGUUGUGCGGAAGUGUCUUCUUGGCGGCCGGAAUUUGGCUUAAACUCUGCUAUCAAGGCUACGCAACUCUCCUGCCCGAUCAUGCAGCCCUCAGUGCUGAUUGUCUCUUCAUUACUGUUGGAGUCUUAAGUGUUGUCGUCUCCUUCUUUGGAUGCUGCGGUGCCUGGUUCCAGUCACGAUGUCUCCUCAUCACGUACUUUUCUUUGGUUGUUAUCCUGUUUCUCAGUGAAUUCCUCGUAGGAUCCCUGGCAUUUGUCUUCCGUGGUGGCCUCACAAAGACAGUUGUGAAUGAAUUAAAAACAGGAAUUGAAAAGCACUACAAUGCAACAGAUCGCGGUGGAUUUGCUGCCCCAUCAGUAGCCGCCAUCUGGGACAAUCUCCAGUCAGACCUUCAUUGCUGUGGUGUAACAUCGUAUGAAGAUUGGUAUGCAAUUAGUUCGUGGCCGGAAGAACGAUGGGUACCACAAUCAUGCUGCCGUUCUCGCUACAAUGAAACUGAAUGGUACGAGGGUUCUGGCAUUGACAACAGAUACACCAACUGUGCCAGAUCAAAAGAUCCAUCUCUAUGGUGGGACAAAGGUUGCGCUCAAACACUCCAAAUGUGGUUCAUUCAACGGUUACACGUUGUUGGAACUAUAGGUCUAGUCAUAGCAUUUCUUCAGCUAUUUGGACUGAUAUCAUCAAUGCUACUCUUCUGUACGGUCAAACAUAAGCAAUCAUCACAAACCUACAAAUCGUAUUCACCUGCAAUUGAACCCCAAAGUGGACAAAAUAAUGUUCAACGACACCGAUCAAAUUCCUAUUUAGAUGAAUAAAAUGGAAUUAUCUCGAUAAAAGACAACCCCAAUGAGCGAUAUUUAAUUAUUAUAAAAAAACAAACAAACAAAAACAAAUUUUGUGCCUUAAGAUUAAUAUUCUUUUGUGUUGUAAGUAAGAAAAAAAUAAUUAAAAAUGGCCAAAAAAAUAAAUCACAGCAAGACAAAUUUAGUGCCAAAAAAUUGCAAUGUUUCGUAAACAUUCCAAAAAAAUAAAACAAAAAAGAAAUCACACCAAUCAAAAGAGCGAUAAAAUUUAUCAAGAAAUAAAAAAAACAAGUACCUAUUACCUAAAUCGUAGAAUUAUCUUAGCUUAAUGAUUUUUUUUCAAUAUAUAAAAAUUAAAAAGAAAUGUAACGCAAAAACAUCAAAUUGAGUGUAUAAAAAAAAGUAUCAAAAAAGUUGAUAUCAAUCUUUUUUUCUGAAUUUCUCAGCUCAACCAAAUGUUUAUCACAUUUUAAUAGACAUUUUAUAAAAUAUUUUAGUGAAAUAAAUAUAAAAGAUUUAAAAAAA